AUGCUACAUUUGUUUCUAUAUAGCGUCUUCGGUCCCAUCUCCAAAACGACGCCGUUGCCUCCGUCCACAAAGCCUUCCGCCUCGGCAUCAACUUCUUCGACACCUACCCGGACAUUGUCAGAGAAGAUGCUUGGUAAGGGAUACCGUGAAGGUUUUGAUUUCAGUGCUGUGGAUGAGACAAUUCCAGCUCUUCAGGAACUGACGGAAGCAGUGAAGAUUCGUUUCAUUGGUAUUACAGGAUUGCCAUUGGAAACUUUUACUUAUGGGCUUGAUAGGGUUCCACCAGGGACAAUUGAUGUGAUUUUGUCAUAUUGCUAUUAUAGCAUUAAUGAUUCAUCAUUGGAGGAUUUAUUGCCUUACUUGAAGAACGAAGGUCAGUGCAUCUCCACUUGCUAUGGGGCUUCUUAUUCAGCUUGGUCCACCGGAGGGGCAUCCAGCAUCACCUGAACUCAAGGUGAGACUUUUAGGCCUCAGAUAAGAUAGAGCGUUUGUACUCCUGCAAAAUGCAAAGCCAUUUAUGCAACCUGGUUGGUCUUGUUAAGACUCCAUCUUAGGCUCUUUGCUCUUAGACCCAGAUCUUCCUCGGAUCAGAAGACUGCACAGUGCAACCCACUUCAGUGCAGAGACCUUCACCUCCAAGGGUGGUGAUGGUGGAGGAGGAAGAGCUGGUGAAGUUGUUUUACCCUGAUGGGAAUGGAUCAACAUUGCUCUGUAGGCGCCAUAAUCAGAGAUGAACGCUAAUAAAUUGGGAACCAAAUGGGUAUUUGAUAAAUCGAUAGUCAGCUCAGCUGUUUUGUUCAUAUACAUGGAGAGCGGCAAGACGUUAGCUUAGGAGGAAGGUAAACAAUCUGCAGGGCUUCAGUCGGUUUUGUCGGAAUUUGAACAUAUAUCACAUGGGUUGCUCUACUUUUGACUGUAUCCAAUCAUGACCAAUGAGCGUAAGUCAAGCUUAUGGCAAUAGGUAAUUCGAUUUAUUAUUGGUUCCCAUGGACGCCAUUGUUUUUAUGAUACUGUUCUUUCCAACCUAGACGUAAUAAUCAAAAUUUCAGUUUUCCAUCAGCUCAUUUUCCUUUGCAGCUGCUCACUUUUUCUUGCCUCCUUUUCUGGAUAAAUGAAAUCUCAAUUAUGCCAAAAAAAAAAAAAAAACAAAGGGUACUUUUAAUUCGCGUAGCCAUUGGAAUCAUAACCAUGCAUGGGAAAAUGUUACAAAGGAGUAGUAAAAGACGCUUCAUUCAACUGUGAUGGAGAUUGGGAAUUAUU